AUGGCAGCCAGGAUUGCGGUCCUGCCUUCUCCCGUAUGCCUUUACGACGACCCCGUCCAAGUGACGGUCGAGGGUCUCUCGCCGCUGCAGGCGGUCACCCUCCGGGCAUCCCUGGAGGACGAAACCGGAGAGCUCUUCCAGGCGUCCGCUUACUACCGAGCCGACGGCAACGGAGAGCUGGACCUCACGCGGGCCGCGUCGCUGGGCGGCAGCUACGCCGGGGUGGAGCCCAUGGGGCUGCUGUGGUCCCUGCAAGCCAAGACCCCCCUUCGGCGGCUGGCGAAGAGGAACGUGCUCACCCCUUUUUGCGUCGCUUACGAGGCGCACGAGGGGCACGGGGCGGGCGGGCGGCUCCUGGGCAGCUGCGUCAGCCAGCGGCGGUUCCUGGCCGAAGGGGCGCGCAGGAUCCCCGUGCGGGAAGGCCGCCUCAAGGCCACCCUCUUCCUGCCCCCAGGCCCUGGACCAUUCCCAGGACUCAUCGACUUAUAUGGCAGUGGCGGGGGUCUUGUGGAAUACAGAGCAAGCCUUCUGGCAAAUAGAGGUUUUGCUACACUGGCCCUUGCAUAUUUGGCCUUUGAGGAUUUUCCAGCUUUCCCAGCGUUCUUUGAACUGGAUUAUUUUGGUGAAGCAGUAGAAUUUUUGCAGAAACAACAGCAGGUUAAAGCUUCGGCAAUUGGAGUUCUGGGGCUAUCUAAAGGGGCUGAUAUGGGCCUGGCUCUUGCGGCACUGUGGCCAGGCAUCAAAGCAGCUGUCAGCAUUUCUGGCUCUGGUUUCAAUUCUUUUAUCCCCCUGCGAGCGAAGGGGUUAACAAUCCCUGCCCUCCCCUAUGACCUGGAGAAGACAAAGGCUGUUGGUGAUGCUGUGGAUUUCUCUGAAAUCCUGCCUGAUCCCAGAGACCCAGACGCCUUGGGGUGCCGCAUCCCAGUGGAGAAAUCCUCAUCCAAAUUUCUCUUCCUAUCUGGGCAGGAUGACAGGAAUUGGCAAAGUGAGCGCUACUGCCAGGAAGCUGUUCAGCACCUUCAGCAAAAUGGACGUCAUGUGGAGUUCUACUGCUAUCCUGGGGCAGGGCAUCUCCUGGAACCACCCUAUCUGCCUCUGUGCCGGGAGUCUAUUCACAAGCUAUUUGGGCUAGCUAUGCUCUGGGGAGGAAAAUGGAAGGAACAUGCGAAAGCGCAGGAGGAUGCCUGGCAAAGGAUACAGAACUUUUUCAGGCAACAUUUGCAGGAUUCUAGCACCAAGAGUUAUUUAUAGACUGGGGCUUUUGUGUGUUUGUGAAGCGCCAGUUAUGAAUGUGAGAAUAGAGCAUA